GGCGCACACACUUAGCACGUGGCGGCAAAUUCAAAUUCGCUCCAGAAAACGGGAAAGGAGCGGAGGCCAUUUUGUGGGUGCUCUAGCUCGCUGUCGCUGUCCUGUUAAAUUCGCCGAAUCCGAGCGCGCAGAGGUGUCGACCCUUCUGCUUAACAGAUUUUGAUCAGAAAUGGCGCUUAAGCGGAUCAACAAGGAGCUGCAGGACCUGGGCAGAGACCCUCCGGCCCAAUGCUCAGCAGGCCCCGUCGGCGAUGACCUCUUCCACUGGCAAGCCACCAUCAUGGGCCCCCCAGACAGCCCCUACCAGGGAGGCGUCUUUUUCCUCACCAUCCACUUCCCCACAGACUACCCCUUCAAGCCGCCAAAGGUGGCCUUCACCACUAGAAUCUAUCAUCCAAACAUCAACAGCAACGGCAGUAUCUGCCUGGACAUCUUGCGGUCGCAAUGGUCGCCAGCGUUGACCAUUAGCAAGGUGCUGCUGUCCAUUUGCUCGCUGCUGUGCGACCCCAACCCCGACGACCCCCUCGUGCCCGAGAUCGCCCGGAUAUACAAAAUGGAUCGCGAAAAGUACAGUGAACUGGCCCGCGAAUGGACUCGCAAGUACGCCAUGUGAUCCCCCUCCUCUGCACGGCCGGACGCUUUCUUAUUUCCUCAUGCUCCUUACCACCGCUCGGUCCAGCCCGCAAACUGACUUGGCCGGCUGCGUCUUUGCCACGUCGAAAUCGGACCUUAGACCCCACAAAACCCGCACCCACACCGCCUGCGGCGGCCAAAGCUGACGACUGGGGCAGCCUCUGGUCUUAGGGGGCUUUGGCCGCCGCUUUUAACUUAUUCUUUAUUUUUUUUAUAUGAUGAGAAGCAACCUGGUCCCUGUAAAUUACAAUCGUGCUCAUGAAAUCGCGGUCCGAUUUCCAUUUGCCAAGGACGGCCGGAGCCUGAGUUUUUUCGGUCCUGAGUUCGGUGUGUCUCGUUUUUCCUCCACCCAAAGGCGGCAAAAAUGUAAUACGGAAAAUAAAAAAAUCAGAUCGGCCCUCGUCCGGUCAUGAAGGCCUCAUAAUGAAAAUUUAAAUUUCACACAAACACCAGUCUUGAUUUUGUGCAUUUUAAGUCAAAAUCCGAUAAAAGAGAAAAACCUGAAAUCUUAACUAGCCUUAUUUCGUCUCUGAUGCUAACAAACGCUUCCGCCUACAAACGACUUUUUCCAACUCCGCAAUUUAAAAUUAUUAAGUUCAGCUUGCAAGAAAAAUUCAACAAAUACAUCGUGAAACCAGAAACUUUGUGAAAAGCCUCACUUGUAGACAUCAAGGAAUUAUGAAUGAGGAUGAUUAAAUAAAUUUGAGUUUUAAGUUAAAA